UACUACUAUUAACCCAAAGGCCUCCUACGCGGAAGAAUUCGAUGGUGCUAAUCGUGCACAACGUUUAAGCCGACAAAUGCGUCGGAUUUUCAUGAACUUUUCGUUGGAGUCAUUGCUGCUGUGAUCGCUGCCGCGGUCGUGGGAAUGAAAGCAGUUAAACGUCCAAACCAGCGUGUAGUGUAACAGCAUCAUAAGAGUUGCAAUGCAUUUCUUGCUUACUAGCCGCGUUUUUAGAAGCAGGUGCCUAGCAAGAAGACAGAGUAAGAAUAAAUUAAAUAGGAUUCGAAAUUAAUCUGAGAUGAACCAAUCCAGAAGUAACGCUUCUCAAGGUUGGUGAUCAGACCCAAGAUCGAGUUCUCGUUCUUUGUCAGCUGCAUUCAAAUGAGUACAGUCACAAAAAAUUAAAUAUGGUUUCGAACCUCAAAAUAGCCGAUGCUGACGAUCUUGUCCACAUUUAUUCUAAUACUUUACUUCACAAGACUCAAACUUUGAGAGCCUGGUUGCUAUUGCAAAUAGUGUAGAAUUGUGUAGGAAUACCCCCUAAUGAGGAAGGUAUUCGCCCUGGGUACAACAAAACUUUAGUAUGCGAUGUCAGGUCGCCACGCUGCGAUAAGCCGGUUAGAUCAAAUCCGAUCGUAUAUAUCCUGCCUUUUUUCACUCAUGUGCUUUCUGUUUCGAUUAGACUUAUUCGUGAAGAUGAAACGAUACAGUGAGUUUCUCGACUUUUCCAACGUUUGUUCGUGCAUUGAACCAAUUGCGCUGAGUACUGCAGCCUAUGCGACAGCACUAACAUGGAUCGCGGCUUGCAAUUCAGCGCCAAUAAAAGACAAGAAUUUUAUAACAGAUGACCCCGCGCCAAGAUCACGUAGUAUCGACAUUGGCGCUCCGAUUACUUGCAGCGGAAUUCCGUGUCCAUCUUGUGCGUCACCAUCCGAAGAUAAAGUCCGGAUGAAGCGCGACGCUCGUGUCAGGAAAUCCUUAAGCAUGCGUAAGUCAGAUACUUUUAGAUUCAUUUAGAUCCAUCUGGUGCUUUUAUAUUUCCCGUUAUGCAGUUUCAGCACUCUCUUUGCCGCGAUAGUGAUCUCAUGGUAUCCGUCCCGGCUGCCUAUUACGGCAUCUAGCACGAAUACCAUGAGACCACGCGAAAAUUCGAGACAAAAACAAAAUUCUCUACUCCAGAGAGUUGAUACUGUUAUUAAGAGUAUUAUUCUUUUUACUUUUCAUAUAACUAAAGUAGACACGAGAGUACAUUUGUAUGACAAGUGCUGUUGCGCUCGAUAAGCAAAAAGUAUUUAAUAAACUGAUCUGGAAUGGGAAGCCUUCUUCUCUUAAUCAAAAGCAUUGCGAUAGAACAUCAAGCACCCAUAUUAACACCUCAAUAAUUAUACUACGGAACUUACCAUCAAACAGUGAUGAUGUUUUGUCUAGAAGCACGUCGUGACAGAUCUGGAUUCUAACUAGCGGAAGCGAGCAGCAUGGCGAGCAAAGCGACGAGGAUCAGACAAAGUAGAGGUGGAAAUAAUG